AAUCAGCUCUGAGAGUUUUUAUUUUAUUAUGUUAACAAUGUUUUUUCUCUCUAUAUAACAACACAAGAGAACAAGGCUUCCAUGUAAAAACUUGCUUGCUAAAAUACAUAUAACACUCAGAAGAAGCUAUGGAAAAUCUCAAAGCCGAUGGUCAGGAAACUUCUAAUUUCAAAACAAUAUCCAUCUCAGUUGGUAUGGGAUGCAACUAUAGUAAAAAGGGCUCCGAGAAACUUUCCUGCAACAUGGUUUCACCAUGCCCUGGCUCAUUUGGGCGUUCAUCAUUUGCAGAAGCAAAGAAGCGAUUGGAAAAGCUCGAGCAAGAUUAUCAACACACCUACGAGAAGUACACAGAACUACAAUCAGACAGGUAUAUGUACUACAUUGCUUUUCAACGUCCAGGACAUCACAGUCGCUGGGUUGGCUACUGUAUCGAUCACAUCGAAAAUGUAGUAGAGCAACUGCAGAAUGUUCUUGACAAGCUGAAUACAGAAGAAGCAUCACAAAGAGGAAGAGAAACACCAACAAACGGUAAGCAAUUCUUCUUGACGCACGGUUGUAAAAGCUUGGCACAAGAAAAUAUGGUACUUCAGAAGCUGAAAGCAGAAACCAAAGAGCAAUACACUGAUGGUCUGUGUCAAGAAACAAUUGAUGUCAAAAGAAUUAAUUGGGAGUUCAUUUGCAUUCAAAGAAUAGUUCCACAGAAUAGCAACAAGAAAUCUGUACACGAUCUGUUGAGGAGAGUUAAUGAGACACAGAAGUUGACAGAAAAAGCUAUUUCCAAUGGUGCACUAAUGGGCAACCUCACGAGUCUGGACAAUAUGAAAAAUUCUACAAGUGACUUAAUAAAGGUAAUACAGCAAAUUUCUCCUCUUUACUCAUGGGCUUAUUUCUUAAAACUAAGAAAUGUGAUGAUGUCUGUUUUCCUCUAGAUUGUGACGAAUGUACACAGAGAGUUAGAGAAAGAGAAAAUAGAGUUAGAGAAUAUUUUGCAAGACAGAAUACAUUUUGCAAGAAAAAAUGAAAAAGGAUACAUAGAAAAAAUAAGGGUUUUACGGGAAAAAUGUAAAUGCAUAGUUGAGAGACGUGAUGCAGAAAAGAAAUACUUGCUCGAUUUGGAGAAAAAUUUCAGGGAUAUGAACAAAACUGCUUCACAGAGAAAAGGCUGCCGAAAAGGUAACUUCAGAGAUGUACCUCUAUCAGUUCAAUAACAUGCAAAGUUCUAUUCCAAGGAAUAGAAAGCAAGAUGCCUAUAUAUGUAUGGAUGAUGUAACUGAAGAACAAACAUGUUAAGCUAUCAUGUUGUAAAUCACACUGAUGAUUCAUGUUAUGAUACAGCUUUAUAAGAUGCAUUUUACAAUAUUUCCAUUAAUAUAAGCAACCAAAUCAU